AUGUCGUCGGAGCUGCUACACCGCGUGGAGAAAUGGGCGGCAGAGACGCCCACGAAGAUAAUGCUGUCGUUUGUCGACGAUAAAGAAGUCGUAACGUCGUCACUUACGUGUGGGGACCUCAACCGGCGUGUACAAAAUCUCGCAGCAGUACUAUUAGCUUCGAGACAGCAACACGAUCGCGGCCUCGGACUGAAAGCAGGAGACCGGGUCGUGCUCGUGUACCCUCCAGGCUUGGAUUUCAUAGUGGUCUUUCUAGCGUGCCUGAGAGCUGGGGUCGUGGCGGUGCCGGUGUACCCACCGGAUCCCCGCAAGCUCAAGAAAGAUAUCAACAUGUUUGUGGCCGUGACGCAAAACUGCCAGGCGCGAGUGGCGCUCACGUGCUCGAUGUACUAUAACGUGAAAAAGAUUGCAGCAAUGAAAGAGAAGUUUACAAUGUCGGGGGCUGCGCCGUGGCCGGAGUAUCUGUCGUGGAUCGUGACGGAUGAUCUCGUAAGCGCCAGGGGCAUUGAUCCAGCAAAGCACUGGCUUACUCGAUCGCCUUCCGCUGACAGCACAGCGUUCUUGCAGUACACGUCGGGAUCGACGUCUGCGCCAAAGGGAGUGGUACUAUCACACGGCAAUCUGAACCACAACCUGCGUACGAUCAGCUCAGCGCUACAGGCUGGACGAGACACGGUGGUGGUGUCGUGGCUGCCUCAAUACCAUGACAUGGGACUCAUUGGUGCCUACCUGGGCACGAUCUACAACGGCGGGACCGGCGUGUACCUCUCUCCUUUCAGCUUUAUCCGCGACCCGUGUCUGUGGCUACGGCUCGUGUCCAAGUACCGUGCUACACAUCUCCAGGCCCCCAACUUUGCCUACUCGCUUCUUGCGAGGAAGAGCGAUCGCCUCACAAGACCGGGCAGCGAAGACUGCGUCGAUCUUUCUAGCGUGCGGCACAUGAUCGACGGUGCUGAGCCGAUUCAAGGCGAGACCAUUGACAGCUUUUACCGUGCUUUCUCGCCGUUUGGUUUGCCGAGUGACGUUGUGAAACCUACGUACGGGCUCGCAGAGCACACUGUGUAUGUGUGCGGUGGUGGGAAGCAACGCUUGUGGGUCGAUAAGCAGGCCCUAGAGCGUGACAACGUUUUUCGAGUGGUGGAAAAGGGAAACGCCGCUGGACCGGUGAAAGAUAUAGUUGGCUGUGGUGUACCAUCGCGGAAAGACUAUGGCAUUGACGUCCGUAUUGUCGACGCAGAAACAGGGAAAGAGGAACGAGACGGCACGGUUGGCGAGAUCUGGAUUUCCAGUGCUUCCAAAGCGCAAGGCUAUUUCGGUGACGAGAUGCGCAUGACCUCAAUCGAAGCGUUUCAGGCUCAAGUAGAUGGUGACACGGAAGGCAAACUGUUUUUGAAAACGGGAGAUUUGGGUGUGCUGUACAAUCAAGAACUCUUUGUUUGUGGACGCACGAAGGACUUGGUCAUCAUUCGAGGGCGCAACCACUAUCCUCAAGACAUAGAGGCCACGGCGGAGGGUUUCGGAGAACUUCGGCCAGGGUGCUGUGCCGCUUUCUCGUACGCGACUGAUGGAAACGAUGACGAAGAGAAACUGGCGGUCAUUGCUGAACUUCGUGAUCCUGCUAUCACCAGUAAAGCGAGUCUAUGUGUGAACAUCCGUAGCGCGAUCGCACGUGAACACGGCGUCAAGGCGACUCUGGUCGUGUUGUUGGCUCCUCGUACGAUCCCAAAGACGACAAGUGGCAAAAUCUCUCGCUCGCGGUGCAAGAAGGCGCUGAGCGACAAACAACUGGAAGAACUGUACCGCAAUGAAGAUAUUGCUGGUGAGGCCCCAGUGGGGGAUGACGGCGGCAACCACGCUGCCGCCGACGAGUCUAUGGACCGAACUGUCAACGGUUCUCGCGGGAAGCCCGCCGACGGCGCAACGUCAGCUCUGCCGUCGGUGAUCAUUGGUGUCCCGCCAGACCAAGUGCGUGUCUUUUUGGUCAACGAACUCGCUCGUGCUCUGGGCGUGAGCGUCGCAGAAAUAAACGACAAUACGCCGCUGCAGGAGCUGGGCCUGGACUCGAUGGCGUUGACGCAGCUGCAAGGUGUGAUUACGCAAAAGUACCAUGUGCACGUCGAAGAAGAGUUGCUGUAUGGCGAGUCGACGACGCUUGCGAGCUUGCACGAUGGACUAUGUGGACGUGCAUCGCGUCACGGAAGUGGCGCGAGCGCUGAUCCGAAGCGAAAGCUGCUGUGUGGAUGCAUUUCGUGCUAG